AUUAUUAAAAUUCAUUUAGUGCAACAACCAAAUUGGAUAAAGUAAUAAAGAUAAAUUGAGACAAAUUUAAGAUGGAACUUUAAAGACGACGGUCAACAUUCCUAAAAUAAUUAAUUGUUAUGGAUAAUCAAACUUUAUAUCUUACUUCUAACAGCGGAAUCAAUUGAAUUUCUUUUUAACUUUAAUUGCUUAAAAAAAAAAAACCCAUCUCUGAAGAAAGAAAGCCCCAAAUAAUAGUAGUAUUAGCCUAUUAGGGUUUUGUAACCAUACCAGAAAAACAUAAUCAAAAUAAACAUUUAAUCCUUUUCUGAUAUAAUUUUGCUUUUACUCACUUAGCUCAACUCACUUUAUCAUCUGCUUUACUUCACUUGUCUCUGUCUUUGGAUUUAGUUUUAGAUUUUCAGAGUCAAAAAGGGCCAUAAUUUGCUUCCAUCUUUCGGCUUUUUAUUUAUUUAUUUAUUUUCAUUUUUUAAAAUAUACUUUUUUGGAAGCUUACAUGUGAAGCAAAUUUCAGCUUUGAAUGAACCAGUGUGAUCGAAUUUACUCUCUCAACUGCAAUUUUUCAAAUGGGUAUAGUGUUUAAAGAUUUUUCUUUCUUUCUGAUAAAUGGGUAAUAGUUGUAUUUUAUUUCCUUUGAGCUUCAAUUCCUGAAACGUUUUUUUCCUUGGCAAAAGUUUCAUCCAUCUUGUGAGGUGAAUCCAAGGCUAAAAGCGGUGAUGGAGGAUAUAGGGCUGUAUAAGCAAGGUUGGAAAUGGUUAAAAUCUCAGAAGCAUGUUUAUUCCAAGGCGAAAACAGCUGUUGGUUGUUUUAGAGAUAAAAUGGGGUUGUUAAUAGAGAAGCAUUGGCCUAUGGUUUGUAGUGCAUUUCUUAAUCUCUGGAAGUUCUCAAGGUUGCUUUUGGUUUAUUGGAAAGAUUGUUUGGUGAGAGGGUUUCAGUCAUGUAGCAGAUUGGGUUCAGCUUCCUUGCUUGUUAUAAUGUGGAGUUGUUUCCUCAGCUUGACUUCCAUGUCUUGCUUGCUCUAUCUACUUCUAAGUAUGGGAGCUGCUGGAGCUGCCAUUCAGAACUUAGGUUACACUCCAGGACUCUUUAUUGUAGGAUUGUUCAGCAUUUUGAUACUAUGGAUGUAUGCUAACUUUUGGAUGACGGGAACACUGUUUAUAGUUGGAGGUUAUAUGUUCUCCUUAAGCCAUGCACGGUUGAUAGUCUUGAUAGCAACUACAUACUCUAUUUACUUUGUCAAAGUUCGAGUUGGUUGGCUUGGUGUUUUCCUAUCAAUAAACCUUGCAUUUCUCUCGAACGAUGUAUUGAAUUAUUUGGUCCAACGUUUUGAUAAUGUGAGUGAAACCGCACAUUAUGAAGAGCCAAAGGAAUCCAAACCAGUUAUGGAAGAAGAUUUGUCUGGGGAAUGUGAAUACUCUAAUCCUAGUAUUGACUCUGAGAAGGUGCAGCCAUGCAAGUCAUCUAGCAAAUCUGCUACUACAUCUGUUAUUAACCAAAAAGAGGUUUCUGCAAAAAGAGUGGUCAAGGAAGAAACUAGUUCAGCUGAUGAAAUGACAAGAAUAUUGAAUUGCACUGAUCAUUAUCAAGCACUGGGGAUUCCUCGUCAUACAAAAAUUGACACUGCAGUCCUGAAGAAGGAAUAUAAAAAGAAGGCAAUGCUUGUACAUCCUGAUAAAAAUAUGGGGAGUCCUUUAGCUAGUGAAUCAUUUAAGAAACUUCAAUGUGCUUAUGAGGUUCUUUCUGAUUCCACGAAAAAGAGGGACUAUGAUGAGCAAUUAAGAAAAGAGGAAUCCAGGACUCGGAGUGUCUGUCAAGAGUCCCAUGGCUCUUCACGGCAGCAGCCCAGUCCAGACUAUUGCUCUGAAGAAUCAAGGCGUAUACAGUGCACUAAGUGUGGUAAUUCACAUAUAUGGGUAUGCACAAAUAGGAACAAGGCCAAGGCUAGAUGGUGCCAGGAUUGCUGUCAAUAUCAUCAAGCCAAGGAUGGAGAUGGGUGGGUUGAGUACAAAGGUUCCUUGGUGUUUGAUAGGCCUCAAAAGGUGGAAAUACCACGUGCUUUUGUUUGUGCCGAGAGCAAGAUCUUUGAUGUUUCAGAAUGGGCUAUUUGUCAGGGAAUGGCAUGUAGACCAAACACCCAUCGACCUAGCUUCCAUGUAAACAUGGUUGGAUUGGAGAAGACACAAAGGUCCAACACAAGCAGAUAUCCUUGGGAUUUGGAUGCUGAAAUGAUUGAUGAAGAUGAAGAAUUCGAGUUAUGGCUUCAGCAGGCCUUAGCCUCUGGCCUCUUUUGCGAAACCUCUAAACGUAGAAAGAGUUGGAGUCCGUUUAAAUUGCCUCAGAAGAAAAGUAAAAGGCAGUGGCGAAGAUCUUCAACCUGAAUACUUGAUUCGAGGCAUUUUGCAAAGAAUUUCACUUUCCAGCCAAAGAGACAUACAACUAAGGACAAGACAGUUUAUGAAGUGGGAAGCGAACGAAAAGGGAAUAAGAAAAAGAGGGGGGAAAUCUUAAAAAAGGAUGAAAAGAAAAGCAAAGAAAAGAUGGGUUUUGAGUUAUAAGAGAGAUGCCAUACAUUGCCUACUACCAUCUCAUCGAAUUUCAGGAUUUAGGCAACGAAAAGAAAGUGUGGAGUUGCAUACAUCCAUACAUACAUGCAUACAGGUGUGACUUUGCCUUUUUAUGGCAAAUGUAAGAUCAAAGGCAUUUCCUGGUACAAAUCUGUUUUCUUAAAGCUCCUUUGCUUGGCAAUUCUCAUUUCAAUGUCAAGGAUCAAAAUUGAUCUUUUUGUAUAUUUAUACUACUACAACUGCUGCUCUGUAGUUGUAAUGAAAUUAGCUGCCACUUCUUUCGGGCUCCCUCAGUCUUUAUUAGUUUUGCUCCGUUCAUUUUCUCUCAUUCUACAUCUGGUUUUCUUCUGAUAUAUAUAUUUGUUGAGGGGAUGACCCCUUCAGGAGAAGUCUUAUAAAAAUCAUUUGUUGGCUGAACCCCCAAUAAUUGUAGGUAUUGUUAUCAUGUUGGGGUUGUCCCCCCCUUCUGUUGAAAGUCUUGAAGGGUUCUCUUGUGAGCCAUGCAGGUCGUGUGUCCACCAAUUGAGGUGUUAUCCUUCUGUGAAGUUCGUGGCAGAGGAGGGAGACCAAACCUUGACAUAGGUGCAAUACCUACCAUUGUUGGGGCUGUGGUCGUGGUCUAUACUUUGAAGACUUCUCUCAACGGAUUCUAGCAGCGUGGUUAUUUGGAUUUUCAACAAUAUUCUAGCAGCAAAGUUGUUUGGAUUUGGAAGUGUUGGACAUGAUGUGGUUUUAUUCAAUUUGUUUUACAAUAUUUUCAUAUAUUUAGAGAAUCAUGUCACAAAAUGAACCGAUCAAUGAGUACUAAAAUUCUUUUGCGGAUUUUCCGGGUGGGAUCACAACUCGUGAAUCAAGUUAUAGUUUGAGCAGCCGAACAUUAAAGAAUGGUUAUGGCUGAGCUGGGAUUUAAAGCUGUGUUAUUAUGCAGCGAUGGUGAUGAUAAUGAGAAUGAUCAUGCAUACUGUUUCUGCUUUUCACCAUCUUCUUUAAGCACCAAUUUAGUAACGGUUAUGGUGUCGACUGGCGAUACCGUUUAAAGGAGGAUAGUAAUCUUGGUGAGCAAAAUGUUUAUUGGGUUUAAAUAGAUUUAUUCGAUUAACGAUGGGUUUUGAUUUGUCCAAAUGCUUACGUGGAUUACCAUAAGAGGCUAGUGCUUUUACCGGUCGUGAUCUUUGAAGGCUUCAAAGUGCUCAUCAUUCUUGCGUUCACAAUUGGGAUGAUAAUCUUGAGAUUAUGAUGGCUCAGAAGACCUUGAGGGUGGAGAACUGUUUGCAGUAGUCCUCCAUUCCCACCCUUCUGAACAAUGGAGGGUUUUCUGCAUUUAUAAGACUCAAUGAAGGCCCUACCUCCGUCUCAAAGUUAGGACUUAAGUUGAAGGUAACUGUUAUUCUUUCUCUCUCUUUAUUGCAAGUAACCUUGUGUUCAACGCUGUGAUAAACCCCGU